AUGAUAUCCGAUGAUGGCGCAGAGGCAAUCUGGACGUUUGCUCAAGCAUUCACAUCCUCUUUCCAAGCGUCGUGUUCUGAACUUGCCUCCCGUCUCAAAGCUGCAGAGGCAGAUUAUGUGCACUCUAUAGCUGGAGAAAUACAGGCUCUCAACAAGCGUUUGACUGAAGCUACGGGGAGGCUUCCAAGCUAUGAUCAAAGACAAAAUGAACUGCAACUCAAAGCGUUAGAGAAGUCGCUCGAGGAACUGCGUUCAUCGACCGCGGGGAAAACAAAAUUUGCUUUUAAACGGAAGGUCAAGAUACCAGCAUCAGCAUCCGCUGAGACCGCAACGCCACCUGCUCGAGCAAAUGCACCAGCGAUACCUACGACAACAAUAUCUAGUGCCUCCAGAACGAUAUCCGAUCAAUCCAAUUGCUACCUCUCUAGAUCGUGUCUUCCUUGUUCCAGCUCAUCCACACAUCACAUAGAGAUGUCUAUAAUCAGAAUAUCGAACAGCGUCUUAAAUCUUCUUACGACCACGAACGAGUCAACCCUGUCUGCUAAUACUGCUUUCCUUUCGGCGCUUCACAUCCGCGACAUACAGAAUACAAUUCUCAUUCUAGGGACCGUCGAUGGUAGCAUCAUGUUGCACAACUUGAUAAAUUGCGUGGUUGUUGUUGAAUGUCACCAGUUCAGGAUGCACAAUUCUACUGCCAUCGAUGCCUAUCUUGAAAUUACAUCAAAUCCCAUAAUCGAAAGUUGUGAUCAAGUGAGGUUCGGCGUAUACCCGGGCGAGUUGAAGACAACCACUGAUCAGCAAGCUCGGGUCACCAGAGAACAUGCCGGGAUCCCUUUCUCGCCUCAGGACUUCUCGCACAUCCGCGCCACUCCAUCACCUAAUUGGAGAACGCUAGAAGAAGACGAAUUGGUUCGUGAUUGGCCCCUCUCAGAGACCAAUUAUACUGCUCAACUCCAAAGAGCACUACCCCGUCCAAAAAUUUGA